AUGACAGAACAAACUCUGGAAAUUGUGGCAGAUACUAAUCCGCCCACACCCACAAUUCCUCGUAUCAAACGAGAAAAACCAACUCCUGAAGAAAUUGAAGAACGAAGGAAAUUGAAACAACUUGAAGUAAUUCCAGAAGGAUUAUCAAGAAAACAAUGGAAACGAGAAUUGAAAAAACAAAGAUGGCAAGAUACAAAACAAGAGUACCUUGAAGUUCAAAGGGAAAAGAAACGACUUGCACGUCAAAGAAAACGAGAAAGGAUGAAGGAUCUUGAUGAAAAUGAUGAGUUACGUAAAGCUCAACGAAUUCCAUCCCGACAAAAAACAACUAAUAAUGUAUCAGUUAUCAUUGAUUGUGAUUUUGAUAAAUUAAUGCAUGAUAAGGAGAUUGUAUCUCUUUCAAACCAAAUCAAAUCAUGUUAUUCAGCCAUGAGACAUUGUAAAUAUAAACUCCCCAUACAAAUCACAUCAUUCAACAAACGACUCAAGCAAAGGUUUGAAACACAAUUACAUGAUUACCACCUUUGGCAAGGCAAUAUAGCCUUUACUGGUCGAUCCUUGACUGAAUAUGUUACUACUACCCUUAAUUCUGAAUCAAACAAUAAUGAAGAUAAUAAUAAUACCACUAGUUCAGCAGAUACGAUCAACAUGGAAAACUUGGUUUAUCUUACUGCUGAUACUGAUGAAGAAAUUACUAAAUUGGAACCAAACCAUACCUAUAUUAUUGGUGGGAUAGUCGAUAAAAACCGUCAUAAACAUCUUUGUUAUAAUAAAGCCAAAGAAUUGGGUAUAAAAGUGGCAAGAUUACCAAUUGGUAAAUAUAUAGAGAUGAAUGGUAGACAUGUUUUGGUCACUAGUCAUGUCUAUGAAUUGCUUUGUAAAUGGUUUGAAAAUGAUGGUGAUUGGGAAAAAGCGUUCAAUAAAGUGUUGCCACCAAGAAAGAUCAAACUGAAAAGCCCUUCAUAA